AUGCGCUCCGAAUCGACGGAGCCGCUUCGCGUGCGCCUCGCCCGCGCCUCGGACACGCUGCACUGGUACGCUACGCGCCUCUUUGGGUCGCUCGUCGUCUUGCUGCUCACGGUGGACGCGGUCGUCAACAACUGGUCGCUCAACAACUUUCUCGGUGGCGGCUUCUUCUUCUUGACGCCGGUCGGCGGCAUUGGUGCCGCAUAUGAGCUCGAUACCGAGUACAGCUUUGGGCACGGCCGCGCGAUCGCCAACCUCUCGGACGUUGGGUACUGGAUGACGAAUGUGAGCGUGAGCCACCUCGUGACCAAGAGCAAGCACAUGUACACGUUCACGGCCGGCGAGUUUGCGCUCACGCCGUCCACGGAUCUCUGUCCGAUCUUUCAAGGCACGUACAGUGCGUCGGCCGGCUCAUCGAUUCGCUUGGCGCUCGCAGACGACGCGAUCUCGUUCUACCGCGGCCACGCGAUGGACCAUUUCUUCACAAACGAUCAAACCACCAGCUUGGCAACGCCAGGCAUGUCGAGCGCCGACCUCUUUUCGCUCGGGUACGUCCCCGGGCGCACGAGCGUCGACAAGCGCUUCACGACGCCGUUCAGAAUCGCCAACACGUCUCAACUGCAGCAUCUCGUCGUGCCCUAUUUCCGCAUCUACACGCACAACUUUUGCACCGGAUGCACGCCGAUCGCGGAGCUCGGCUUCAGUCGCUGCAACUUGACCUUGGGGUAUAGUGACGCCAAUCAAACGCUCCGCGUCGUCUCCAGCGCCUUUGUACCCGGCUCGACGUACAAGCUGGGCGUGACCAUGGUCAACUCGGUCGUCGGCGUCGUGUCGCUGGUCGCCAAGCUCGCGGCGAUCAUGCUCGGUAUUGCGGGCUUCCUCGCGAGCCGCCGGACUGUGCAGUGGUUUGAAGUCGACCCAUCCACGCCCGACUCGGUCGUCGCCAAGGUGCUUCGGACCGUCGUCCCCAAGUACUUUCCAUUUCCGAGCCACGCGCUGAGCUACGACAUGUUUUGCUACAAUUCGGACGUCUUCGUGCUCCUCUACGCGUCCUCGGUGCUCCUCGAUCUGCAAAACUGCCUCUUGUACGUCGGCCGCAUCAACGUGUACAACAACGCGCAUGUGCCCCAAACACUUCCGUUGCUCACGACGCUUUCGCUCUCGUGUCGAAUGCUCUGGGUCAACUGCGCGAUCCUCAAGGUGUGCAAGAUCCUCUGGAACCUCGUCGUGCACGCCGAGUACAAUGGCCAAAGCAACGUCAUGACGUUCUUCAACUUUUCCAGUGUCACGUACCUCUACCUUAGCGCGGUCCUGCUCUUCUUUAUUCCCGCGUUCGUCGAGUACGACAACUCGGUAACCAUGGAUUUGCCCAAGUCGGUCGAGUCGCUCGAUGGACUCCGCGUCGAGGUGGUGCACGGCAGCUACAUGCGCGUCGCCGUGUCCAUUCUGUACCUCCUGCUCAUCAAUGUCUUUGGCGUGACGGUCAUCGACCACGCCAUCAACUACAAGUAUUGGCGCACGCUGCGCAACAACUCGCUUACGCGUCAAACCGUGUACAACAGCAGCUCGAUCCUCUGCGACUACCUUCCGCCCCUCGAGAACCACGACGACGGCGUGACGACCACGACGAGCAUCCGCGCGCGCCGGCUGAGCACGCUGCAGUGGUUUUUCAUGAGCCACUUGACGUGCUUUGGCUUGCCGGCCAAAGACCUCUAUGUGAAGAAGAAGAAGACGAUGCUCAUCCACAUCAAGGCCGCGCGGACGUUUCGGAAUCUGACGGCGCAGGCGGCCGAGCCGACCACCGCGAUCGAUGAAGAGGCGCCGGAAGAGCUCUUUACGAUCGUCCAAGACGGCGACCGCGUGAUCCACUUGCUCGAUGGCAGCUUUGCCAGUGUGGGCAGCGCAGCCUUCAAUACUAAAGUGCUCAGGAACGCGCCCAUGACGAUCCGAUAG